AUGCCUUCGGCUUCAACCUACCCAACAGCAAACUCCUGGCUGAUGCGGUGGCGUUCCUCUGCAAGCUCUCUGCUUGAUGGAUACGGCCAUUUAAAGCUGUCCAAGGUGGGAUAUCCUAAGCUACUGGCAACUGUUUGUAGCCAUUCUGCGCAUGCUUCCAAUUAUGUGGUCUUUUCCCCGUCGGACGAAGAGGACUGGAAGAUUGGGUCUUGCUGGGUUCUGCUGCGGAGGUUCACAGGUUGUGAAGCUGGCACACCUGUCUUCCAUCGAGCGGGGAAUGAGCGUCUUGUAGAUGCGGCUUUCGCUGCUCAUCCGGCUGAUCCUAAGGAACCGGGGGAGUAUGUUGAUGUAGUACGCAAUUUCAACGUUCCGUUCAGCAUGGCUAUUCAGGAUGUAGACUUUGCGAUACCGAAGCAGCAGAUUGCUAUUAUUGAGACGGAAUUGAGACUGAAACUGAACUACUGA